UUUCAAGACAAUGUAUUGUACUUGCAAUGGUUACCACAUGGCGCGUUGACCUCGGAUGCCGAUGAGGUGAACGGGGGCCAGAAUGAUAAAGAUCAUAAACCUAAUUCUUCAUCCGUUCGUGAAAUUCAGCGAUCAAAACAGAAACGCAGACUCGAACACGGGACCGGUUAUUCGGUAAAGCUCGAGGAUUCAACCGCCGACGCGGAGGCCCAGUUCGAGUUAAUCACUUCUCUUUCGACCGAAGAUAUGGCAACCCAGACGCUCGUGAACAGACGUCGAAAGUUGUCAGAAGCAGACGUAGAGGACGAGGCUGAUCAAGACGAGCAAAAUGAUGCAGGAGAACUACUGGAAUCUACCACAUCGUCAAUAAAGAGUAAAGGAGACAAACUCAAAGUACGAAAUUACGAGAACAAGAAAGCCCGUCUACGACGGCAAGUAUCCAAAAUCGAUGCAGCUGAAACUGCUGUCGAGUCGGAAUCCGCGUGUGACCGAUCUGACACGGUCACCACAGAGCUGGCUCCGAAUAAACUAAAAGUGGAGGAGCGAAAACCAAACAAACCGGUUUUAAUUGUUCGUAAUAUCCCAUUCCAGGCCACCCAAGACGAAUUGACAGAACUGUUUCGUCCGGUGGGCGGACUGUUACAUGUUCGACUGCCUCAAAAAGCAGCUGGUGGACAUCGAGGUUUCGGGUUUGUUGAAUUCAACACGAUUGAUCAGGCACAGGCUGCAAGAGAAACGCUGGGCUCAGACACACAUUUCCUUGGGCGUCGUUUACAGAUCGAGUUUGCUAAAGGGUGA